GCCACGUUACAACAUCACUUCAUCAUGUCCGCAGUUGAACAAUAAAUCCAUCCUCCUGUCCUUUUUCCAGCGGUCGCUCACUCACUUUAGUCAUUCCCUUUUUUUACCUUCUUUCCCCUGCUUUCCCCAGCAAUGGCGCGUCGAAAGCAAAUCACGCCCAUGCAGCGCAUCAACUCGGGAGAAGUCAUGCAGGCUCCUUCAGAUGCGCCCGAACAUCGCGCCGUCUACACCAAUGGCCAUGUGCCCUCCCCUUCUAUCAAGCCGACCUCACACACAGAGCAGCGACCGCAAACACAGCGGUCGCAGCAGUCGCACCCAGGGUUUCUGACCCUCCUCAUCUGCGUCGGCGGCAUCUACGCCUCGUUUCUGACAUGGGGCGUCUUGCAAGAACGCAUCACGACAACCCCAUACCCGCUCACCUCUCCCUCGGCCGCCCAGCCGCAACAAGAAUACUUCCGCUUCCCCAUCGUUCUCAACACUAUCCAGGCCUUGUUCGCCUUCACAAGCGGAAGCCUGUACCUCGCCUACACGACCGGGCGUUUCAACAUUCUACCCUCGACCUCCUCUCUCCUACCGCUGAUGCUGGUCACGCUGACGACCACACUCGCGUCUCCCUUUGGCUACGCCUCCCUCGCCCACGUCGACUACCUCACGUUUGUCCUGGCAAAAUCGUGCAAGUUACUGCCCGUCAUGGCGCUGCACGUCACCUUGUUCCGCAAACGAUACCCUCUGUCAAAAUACAUGAUUGUGCUGGCGGUGACCAGCGGCGUCGCCGUCUUCACCCUUUACCACCCGCCGAAGCCGGGCAAAACACAGUCGACCCAGAAUUCGAGUCUCUACGGGUUGACGCUGCUGGGGAUCAACCUGUUGUUUGACGGGUUGACGAACACGGUCCAGGACCACAUCUUCCAGUCCCCGCACCGCUACGGGAAGACCUCCGGGCCGCAGAUGAUGGUCAUCCUCAACCUGCUCGGUACGAUCCUGAUGGGCGCAUACCUGGUUGCAACACCUUACAUCCCCUCGGCGCUCAUCCCACAGUUCGUGCGGACCGACACUCACGAGCUGGGCCAAGCCAUCUCCUUCUUCCAGCGCCACCCGCCCGUGCUCAAGGACGUCCUGCUCUUCUGCCUCUGCGGUGCCGUCGGCCAGCUCUUCAUCUACGCCACCCUCGAGAGAUUCUCCUCCCUCCUCCUCGUCACGGUGACAGUGACGCGGAAAAUGUUCACCAUGCUCCUGAGCGUCAUGUGGUUCGGCCAUUCGCUGACCCAGGGCCAGUGGAUGGGCAUCGGGUUGGUCUUUGGCGGAAUUGCCGCCGAGGCGUAUAUACAGAAUCUAGAGAAGAAGGAGAGAGAUAGAAGGAAGAAAUCCGCCGACAAGGCAAGAUAAGAGGAAAGAUCCAAUUAUCUGAAGCAGUGGAUAUACCGCUAGAAGCAACAAAGCAAAAGAGGAGAAAACCGGAACUAGAGCAAACUAGAAUUCAAAAUAUCAAGCAUUGGAAGCCGUUCUCGACACCUUUAUGGUUCACACGGCACAAACAACUUGAUGUGAAGUCCGUGAGGCUCUCCGCCAGUACUGGUCCGGUUUACUAUAACAAAGACGGGACUCUGGAAGCCACCACCGCUCGUAUCGUCGUCUGAAACCGCGGCGCCCCUGCAGCAGGCUCUACUGAAAUUCACCGCUGAAGUUUCCCAUUAGCCCAUCUAAACGCCCAUAUCCCACGGCCUGCAACGCUCGUCAUUGACCCUUGGUAUUCAAAGCACUUAGAUUCAACCUCGCCGUUUCCCUUACGUCUGGCCCUAGCCUCACUGGUGGGGCCGUUGCCCGGUCCGCAUUCUGGGGGUUCUCCUCGUCUGAAUGCACAGCCAUGCGAGUUACGGUAUCCAGAUCCGCCACGGCGAGUUGUACAGCGGGCACACUCGCUCCCAGCUCCCCGACACCUACACUCACCGCGGCGGUAUACUGCAUCAUGGCGGUCUCCACGUUUCCCCUCAAGACAUGUAACCGCCCCAAUGUUCUUAGGCAGCCCAUCCUUGAGUGCACUACUUCUGCCAGCCGAGAGGACUGGUCGUCUGAGGAUUUUUCGAUAGCUAAUGUGCGGCGUAGCGCAUCGGAUACGAGCGAUUCCGUGUCCUUGGACGUGUUUCCCGAUGCGAGAUGGACUUUGGUGAGUUCGAGGAAGCCGGUCACAGGCAGGAGGCUGUUUUUCCCGUACGUCUUCUCCCAUAUGGGAAUGAUUUGCGUGAGGAUGCGGGCGGCUUCAUCUAGGUGGCCCAAUUGGGCAAGCACACGUGCGAGGUAGUAGUACUGCCCGGUUGUCUCGUGGGAAGUGGCGCUGAAGAGUUGUUCGUGCAGCUCGUGGAUUUUUCGCUGGAUCAGUUCGCGGAGGCGGAGACGCUGGUCGGCGUUCGUGAGGGUGAGCUGGAGAAGGGCUGUGAUCGGGUGGGAAGGGCCGAGGAUGGUGAGAGAUGCGGCGGCGGCGAACCUCUUCACUUGGCUGCGUAGCCGUCCUAGUUCGGUGCUGGAGGCGUCAAGACUAAGUUCGGCGAGGACAUAGUAAAGCUUUGGGUGCUGCAAGAUCAAGAGGUCCGAGAGGGUAGGGAGAACACGGCU